ACUCGCAUUUCUCUUCUGUCGUUCUGCAGGUCUGUGUUUACUUGCUUUUUCACGCGAUCUGAUUGGAUAACAGUAAGAGCCAUGCUUGUGUUUGUAUGCGUGCAUGUAUGUUCGGGUAUGUGUGUUUGUUUCUCCAUGUGCAUGUGGAGGUGAUAGCUCUGUCAUCCUGCCCUUAUGCCAUCUGUGCCCAGUCAGUGUUGUGGCAUUUCUCCAUGUGCGACACACUAUAGAUAGUCAUAUAGCACCGUGUUUAUCUCUGUUAUGUAAAGUGAUCUGAUGCAUCUUAUGCAAAUGUAUUAAAGAAUAUGGUUUGGUGUUUAUUGUGAAUGUCAACAGUUUUUUUUUGUACAAUUCAUUAAUCUUGGAUUCUCUAGAUGUAGUUAAGUGUGUUAUAUAGGAUGCUUUAGAAUGAAGCUUUCUAUGUAGAUACAUGCAGGAUACAUAUACAGGGUCAUUAUAUAUUACAGGUAUACAGCAAACAGGGCAAUUUUGUUGCUUUACCUAUGGAGGGCACUGUAUAUACAUACAGUAAACAUAUAAUAUGUAGCGGCCCUGUUACUAAACCUUGUGGGUUGCCGCCUACAUAGACAGCUUAAUUCUGAGACAUUAUCCUAAAUAAAACAGGACUUUUUUGGAAAAUCUCAGUUGGGCAGCAACUAUGUGCCUUGCUUUUUAAUGCUUUGAACUUUUUAGCAAAAAAUUGUAGCAUUGCAAUACCUUAUUAAAAUGAGCUUAUAGGCAUUUAGUGUAACUUGGUUUGGAAGGAGCUUGUAAUACAUUGUAUUAAAAAUCACAAACAUUUUCAGUGCUAGUCUAAUUUAGGUUAAAUUUAGUAUUUAGUGUUAGUAUUCUGUACAUUUGCAUGUAUUUCCAUAAUUAGAAUGUCAGUUGAAUGUGUAAUUGCCGAGUGUGAUGGCACUGUAGACUGAAUCAAUGCAGAACGUCAGGAGUCUCAGUCACUAUUGACCUUUGUGUGUACCGGGGGACCAAAGUGCCAAUGACAUUUUAGGGCUGAGGAUCUCAGGAGAAGAGUGCUCAUUUGUGACUGCCAGAGGUUGUCUGCUUUGGUGUGGAAAAACAUUUUUGUGGGUAAACUAGUUUUUUACAGUGUUGUGCAUAAAUGUGUUUUGCUUUAUUACAGUUCAUAUGUAAUUAGAAUGAUGAUUGUUGUAAAUGUAGGUUAUGUCUUAAUUAAAUUAGAAUUGUAGAGCUGCAAAUAUACAGUGCCGUACUGUAUGUUUUCUAAUAUGGAAUACACUACUUCGAUAAAGAGGUAUUCGGUCAGACAGCAGGUUUGCUGGGUGCCCUCAGGGUACGGCCAUCUGCUAGCAGUGCCAACUCCACCCACAGAGCUUUGAGCAGGUCUCUCUGCCAGGGUCCCCUGAGGAUCAGCCCGUGUGGAAUCACUCUUUUCUAUUCCUGGGUCGCGACUGUGCCACUGUCUUUACUGAAGGAGCAGCACUUGUUCUGGAGUUUUACCCAACAGCAGCCAUGAAAAACAUAGGGAGCUGGCACAUCCAGGGCCCUCUUGCAUUCUCAGCACUGAUCCUGGAUCAUUCACUUUAUAGGAAACUGAUGUCUAAGAGAGGAUUCAGGGUGCCACAUCUGCCACUGCAGAUUCCUGCUGUUAACAAAGGCUGCCCGUCAUUUACCACCUCUGAAACCCCACCCACUAUCAGCCUGGUGAGAGCACCCAGACUCGUUCCUAACUGAUAUGGACUUCAGUGUCCUUCCUUGCCUGGAUUUUGAGCAUCCGAAUGCGGAGACAUCAUGCCCAAGAGAUAAUCAACCACUAGACACACACCCAGAGACAGCGGCUCCCAAUCCUGAAGACCACACCCUUCUGCCUUUGGAAAGGGAUUUAUAUGAUUUCCCGUCACAUGAUGCAAUUUCCAGUAUCCUGUCAGAGUACCUUCAUAACAACAAAAAGCCAAAUACUGCGAUCAAGACCGAAUCCACAAGACAGGAAAAAACAAACCCUCUGCUCAACCGAACUUUUGACGUACAUCCACUGCACCACAGUCUCCCUGCACCUGAUUUACAAAAUGAUCAGGAGGCGACUGAAGUCACUGAACAUCAAACCAAAGAGUUGGAGAACUACCGUACAGCUAUGCAUAAGAUGGCAGAUGACAUCAUCGUCCUGCGCUCUCAGGUGAGCAGUCUGGAGUCUGAGAACAGUCAGUUGAGGCGGGACUUCUCCCUGCAUCAGGACCUGGGCCGCACCCUACUGGAUGAUACAGAUGUCGACGUCAUGACCAAGACUGAGAUUGCUGACCGGAUCGCUUCUCUGAAGUUUAAGCUGGCGAGUGAAAGCAGCCGGGCCGCUGUCCAAAAUGACCGAAUCCAACAGCUUCAGAACGAGCUGAUCAGGAAGAAUGACGUUGAAAAAGAGUUUAUUCAGUUGCAAAGAGCCCAUCAGCAACAACAGGCCGUGUUAAAGAAAUAUGAGGCUCGUGUCAGUAAGAUAGCUGCAUUGGAGGAUACAAUUCGCCAACAGGAUAAGGUCAUUGAUAAAAUGGAGAAGCUACUGGACACCAAAUUAAGAAAGAGAAAUAAAGAGAAUUCAGAAAAGAAGAAACCCAUGAAACAUAAAGAAGAAGAGCACAAGAUGAGAGAGAUCGAGGCUGUGCUUGUAACCGAAAACUCUCGACUUCGAGAAGAACUGGACAGACUCCGAAAUCAACCUCCUCCUGUUAUCAUUCAACAGCCUGUACAGUCUCAUCAGCCUCUUUCAGACAGUGAGAAGCUAGAGUUACUAACACAGCUGGCAAGAGCUGAGGGUCGAAUCCAGACACUGGAGCAACAGCUUAAAGAGAUCUCCAAACAGUGGGGUAAAGAGAAACAAGAGAUGUUGAUCAGCCUAAGUGAAUAUGAACAUGGAUUUGCCAGAACAUCAACCAUGAUUUUUCAUGACUUGCCCAUGAAAAGUGUGACUGACUCUGUGUUGGGGCGUGUUCGACAUGGACAACUGGACCCUCUGAAGUGACAACGUCAUAUCACUGUAUUAAAAAACUACGACAUCAUAUCCCUGUAUUUAAAAACUAUUUCUCAAAAUAAUAUUUUUUUAUUAAUGAAAUAAUACAUCACAAAAGUGUAAUGUAUUUAUAUAAAUGCUGGUACAAUGUCAGAACUUUAUUCCAGCCACCUUUACUAAAAAAAUAUCUAAAUAUUUGAAUGUAUUUCUUAAUCUAUAACAAACGGUGCUAUAUAGCACCA